AUGACAACAGCCUGGUCUUGCCCCAACCUUCCCUCAGAGGGUACGGACAGCAUAUGCUGCUUCGCCAAUUCCACCUGUGCAGAAUACGUGUGUGGCCACUUCGGCUCGAAUAUCACGAUAGAUACUUCCGGAGGGUUAUUGAUGCACAACUGUCUCGUAUCUAACGGCACCGAGGCUACGGAAUUAUAUAAUAAUCCACCUGCCAAUGGGACUUGUUCGUUCAAUACGCCAGGCAAUGGGUGUGUCAUCCGUACAAUUGCGAAUGAAUCCACCACCACAUCCGGCUCUGCAUCUGCCUCUGCCACCACCUCCGCUCCGGCUGCUCUAGGUAGUGCAAGCGCAAGUGCAAGUGGAACUUCUUCAGCUGGUGUAGCUCAACUGGGAGGUAUAAACCAGAUGGUACUAUUGGGUAUUGUAGGCAUGACCUGGGUGAUCAAGAGGGUUUGCCAUUGA